AUGUCACUUUUUCAAACAGCUGAUAAGAAUUCUUCAAAAUCGGUGGGCAGCGAUGCACCCUGUGUUGUGAAAGUGGAACCCAGUGACAAUGGACCUCUCUUUACUGAAUUAAAGUUCUACCAGCGAGCUGCCAAACCAGAGCAAAUUCAGAAAUGGAUUCGCACCCAUAAACUGAAGUACCUGGGUGUCCCUAAGUAUUGGGGGUCUGGUCUACAUGAUAAAAAUGGAAAAAGUUACAGGUUUAUGGUAAUAGAUCGCUUUGGGAGUGACCUUCAGAAAAUAUAUGAAGCAAAUGCCAAAAGGUUUUCUCGGAAAACUGUCUUGCAGCUAAGCUUAAGAAUUCUGGAUAUUCUGGAAUAUAUUCACGAGCAUGAGUAUGUACACGGAGAUAUAAAGGCCUCAAAUCUUCUUCUGAGCUGCAAGAAUCCUGACCAGGUGUACUUGGUAGAUUAUGGCCUUGCUUAUCGAUACUGCCCAGAGGGAGUCCAUAAAGAGUACAAAGAAGACCCCAGAAGAUGUCACGAUGGCACUCUUGAAUUCACCAGCAUCGACGCACACAAUGGUGUGGCCCCAUCGAGGCGUGGUGACUUGGAAAUACUUGGAUAUUGUAUGAUCCAGUGGCUUAGUGGCCAUCUUCCGUGGGAGGACAAUUUGAAAGAUCCCAAAUAUGUUAGAGAUUCCAAAAUGAGAUACAGAGAAAAUAUUGCAGGCUUGAUGGACAAGUGUUUUCCUGAGAAAAACAAGCCAGAUGAAAUUGCUAAAUACAUGGAAAUAGUGAAAUUAUUGGACUAUGUUGAAAAACCUCGUUAUCAAAAUUUACGAGAUAUUCUUUUGCAAGGAUUAAAAUCUAUAGGAAGUAAGGAUGACGGCAAACUGGAACUCGGCGUUGUGGAGAAUGGAGGUUUGAAAGCAAAAACUGUAACAAAGAAGCGAAAGAGAGAAACUGAGAAAAGCACAGAAUCCAGUGUUGAAGCCAUGGAAUGCUCUGACGAUGCACAGACAGAAGCAGGUGUACAAACCCGAAGUGAGGAGUUCCAAGGAGCAGUGCAUGGAAGCGUGUCUCAGCCAGAGGCUAGCAGCAGCGGCUACGACAGUUCAAAAACCAGAAAGAGAGUCCAGAAGUAAAUCAGAUGCUGUGAACCAGUUUUUCUUUUCGUCCUUUCAUUUGAUUUUUUUCUUCUCUUUCUAUUUUGUUUUCAUGUGAGUCUUGUUGGUGGGGGUACUAGUGAAAUACCUGUCUUUGAAAAACAAACUUUUUUAUUAAAAUAAAUGCUUUGUACAAUUUAUUAAAAGCUAAUUUAUGAAAUUACAAAAUCUUUAGGUUAUACUCUUUAAGCUAUCCCAUGCUGUAUGUGACAGGUUCUGGAGUACUUAUAAGAAAAAUCACUAUGAUGUGCACCUUCUGAUGGUUGUAUAUUUCCCAGAGUAUACAAAAGGACAAACUUCUUACUUUUAAGAAAAUACAAAACUUAAAAUAAAGGGCUCUUGUGGCCAUAAGAUUUGGUUUGUAUUGAUUUUGUUCAGUUCCACAAGCAUUUCUUAAGCACCUGUUGUAUGAAAUGAGAGAUACAAAGAAGGGGGAAAGGAUGUGGAAGAAAACAUGAAGCCGUAAGUACAUCUGUGAGAGAGAAAAUAUACAUGUUUGAAGUUAGAUUAUGUAAGAAUUAUGUAAGCAUGCAAGCUGGAAGAAAGCAUGAUAAAGUAUCAAGUGGUGGCAUGGUCAAAGAUUUUAUAGACUGGCUUCCUUUAAGGAAAUCCUGUGAAACACACACACACACUCACACAUUCUGGAGGUGCCAAAAGAAUGU